AUGGUUUUAAGUAAUAAUAGUUUGUCAACAUUAAAAAAUAAAAAAAAAAAAGAAAAUGAAUUAAUAAGUAAUGAUUUGGAGGAAAUCGAAAAAAAAUGGAUGACUAGCGACGAUAACAACAAAAAAGAAAGUGCCACAUCAGCAGAAAGAGAAGAACUUUUAAAAUUUAUACAAAAUCAAGAUGAAUUUAAAAAUAUAAAAAAAGAUUAUUUGAUUGAAAGCAAAGAAGUUGUAAAAAAACAGAAUCCACGAUUUAUAAAAAAUGAUAAAGACUUGUUAAAAGAACUGAAAAAACAAACGGAAGAGAAAAAGAUACAACAAAGAAAAAUUGAUGAAGAAUCAUCAAAAAGAGAAGAUAUUGAAACAGCUUAUUUGUCUGAAAUCGAAAAAAAACAUAAAGAUGAAGAAAGGAAAAGUGUAUUAAAAAAUAAAGAAAGUGCCCUAAUAAUAAAAAAUCAAAUCCAGGAAAAUCUUAUAAGAAGACAAGAGGAAGAACAAUCGAAAAUUAUCGAAGGAAAGCUAAUGCAGAAACAGUUUGAAAAAAAUAAAAUGGAUGAUCUUGAAAGAAAAAAAGAAAAGUUAGAAAGCCAAAGGGUUAUACAAAAUUAUAUUUUAGAGAAUAACAAAAAAAACAUUGAACUUGCAAACGAACUAAAAAAAGAAGAAAAGAGAAAAGACGCCGAGUAUGUAAAAUAUAUGGAAGAAACAGAAAAGAGAAAAAAAGAAUAUGAUGAACAAGUGAAAAACGAAAAAGAAGAAAGAGAAAUGGCAAUUCAUGCAAUUAGAAUGAAACAAAAAAAGAAUGUAGAAUUACAAGCCCAUUAUGAUGAAAUACAAGCAAUCAAGUGGUUGAAGGAAACAAAGAAGAAAGAAGAUCAAAAAAGAAUAGUUGAAGAAGAUGAUAAAAAGAAAAAAAUGGAUGAAUUAAAAGAAGCUAGACUUAUUGCAAUGGACGAAAAAAAAAAGAAACAAAUUGAACAAAUAGAAAUUGGAAAAAAAGACGCAGAAAAAUUAAAGGAACUCAGUGAACUCAAUGAAAAAGAAAAAAAAGAGGAGGAAGAAAAAAAUAAAUUAAAAAAAAAGUCUUAUUAUGAUAGUUUAACAGAGUUAGUUAAUUUGAAGAAUAAAAACAAUAAAAAAUUAUAA